UGAGAAUAUGCCUAAUUGAUAAGAGGUUAUGGAUAAAAAAAUAUAUAAAAUAUAUAGUAUAAUGCUAUAUAUAUAGUAAAAUAUACGUAAAUGCACUUUUCUUUUACAAGAGGAGAAGGAGAGGUAAGGAGCAGUAGGAAAGGAGUAGGAAGAAAGGAAGAGUAUGCAAGAAAGAGGAGUAGGAAAGGAAAAGGAGGCAAGAAGGAGGAGGAGUAGGAAGAAGAAAAAAGUAGGAAAGGAGGAGGAAAUGAGCUGUAGGAAAGGAGUGGAUGGGAGAGAUGAGCAGUAGGAAGAGAGGAGAGGAGUAGGAAAGGAGGAGGAGGAAAUUAGCAGUACAAAAGAAAGGGAAGGAGGAGGAAACUAGCUGCAGGAAAGGAGGAGGUAAUGAGCUGUAGGAAAAGAGGAGGAAAAUGAGAGGGAAGGAGGAGGAGUAGCAGUAGCAAAAGUUUCUGGACGCAGCCUUCUAGUCUAAAGGAAGAGUUUUAGACUUUACGGUGGGUAAUUUUGCGGGACCUGGCAACCCGGUCACAUUUGGCUCCGGUAUCACCUGUAUUCCCUCUCCAGAGCAGGUGUGGCGCUGUAGCUGUAAACAGACAGAAGGUCUGUGUUUGAGCAGCAGUGCAGAUCUCCGUGUUCAGAAGCUGCUUAACUGCUGAAGAAAUGAACUACGUCCUGUUUCAAGUCUUUUCCUCCUGCUGCUGGUAGUGUACACACUCUUCCUGAGAUCAAAUUUGCCUUCAACAACACAUGCACUCAGGAUGUUGCAGAGAAUUUUUUGAACUGUUGAACGAUAUUAAAAUAAGAGAAUGGUGCCCACAUGAAUCUCCAGUAUUCUGCAAACAUCUUCCACUAUGUCCCACGUGACCACAUCUCAAACACAAGAAGCCCACCCUUCCUUAGAGUUUGAGAGCAGUUGUGGAGACGUAGGAACUCCUAAAAUACCCCAGCAUGUUUGCAAUCCAGAUAAACGGUUUUCCUGUUCAGAGUGUGGAAAGGGUUUUACUCAGGAGAGUAAUCUCCUCGUACACCUGCGCAUUCACACUGAAGAGAAACCGUAUUCCUGUUCAGAGUGUGGAAAACGUUUCAAUCAGGAGGGUAAUCUCCAACGUCACUAUCGCAUUCACACUGCGGAGAAACCGUUUUCCUGUUCGGAGUGUGGGAAGAGCUUUACGAGAAAGAGUAAUCUCCAACGGCACCAGUUCGCUCACACUGGAGAGAAGCCAUACGCCUGUUCAGAAUGUGGAAAGAGUUUUUCGAGACCGAUUUUACUCGAGGUACACCAGCGCGUUCACACUGGAGAGAAGCCGUAUGUCUGUUUAGAGUGUGGAAAGAGCUUCACGAGGCAGAUUCAUCUCCAAAUUCACCAGCGCGUUCACACCGGAGAGAAACCGUAUGUCUGUUCAGAGUGUGGAAAGAACUUUAGAGAACAAGGAACUCUCCGAAAGCACCAACGCAUUCACACUGGAGAGAAACCAUAUCACUGUUUAGACUGCGGAAAGAGUUUUAUUCAAGUGAGCACUUUCCAGCGACACCAGCGCGUUCACACUGGAGAGAAACCGUUUUGUUGCUCAGAAUGUGGAAGGAGUUUUACUCGUUUCGGUACCCUCCAAAUACACCAGCGCAUUCACACGGGCGAUAGACCAUUUCAGUGUUUGGAGUGUGGGAAGAGUUUUACCUGUCAGCAAAAUCUCAUGUUACACAAUCGCAUUCACACUGGAGAGAAACCGUUUCAUUGUUCAGAGUGUGGAAUGAGCUUCUCUUGUAGGGGUAGUCUGACCCAUCACCUCCGCGUUCAUACAGGAGAGAAACCUCACAACUGCUCCGAAUGUGGGAGGAGUUUCUCUUAUAAGAGUUCUCUCCAACGACACCAGCUCGUUCACACUGGAGAGAAACCGUAUCACUGCUCAGGGUGUCAGAAAGGUUUCGGAAAUCGAAAGACUUGGAAAAAACACGAAUGCACCAAAUUGUAUUAUGGAAUGGAGCCUGAACGAAUCUCCAUUACUCUGCAAACAACUUCUGGCAAGAAGAAAGUUCACCAUUGCUCAGAGUGUGGAAAGAGUUUUACUCAAAAGAGUUCUCUUCAUGAUCACUGGCGUAUUCACACAGGAGAGAAGCCACAUCACUGUUUAGAGUGUGGAAAGAGUUUUACUCAGAAGAGUAAUCUCCAAAAUCACCAGAGAAUUCAUACAGGAGAAAAAACAUAUCCAUGUUCAGACUGUGGGAAGAGUUUUACUCAUCAGAGUAUUCUCCAAAUUCACCAGCGCAUUCACACUGGAGAGAAACCAUUUCCAUGUUCAGACUGUGGGAAGAGUUUUACCAGACAGAGUAAUCUCGACCAACACCGGCUCAUUCAUACAGGAGAGAAACCGUAUUCCUGUUCAGACUGUGAAAAGAGUUUUACCAGACAGAGUAAUCUGGAUCAACACAGACAUGUUCACACUGGUGAGAAACCGUAUUCUUGUUUGGACUGUGGAAAGAGUUUUACAAGACAAGGUAAUCUUGAUCAACACCGGCGCAUUCACGCUGGUGAGAAACCCUAUCAGUGCUCAGAGUGUGGAAAGAGUUUUACACAAAAUAGUUCCCUUCAUGAACACCAGCGCAUUCACACUGGAGAGAAACCGUAUUACUGUUUAGAGUGUGGGAAAAGCUUCACUCAAAAUAGUUCUUUUCAUGAACACCUGCGCAUUCACACCGGAGAGAAACCGUAUCGCUGCUCGGACUGUGGAAAGAGUUUUAUUCAAAUAAUUCAUCUCCAACGACACCAGCGUGUUCACACAGGAGUUAAACCAUAUUACUGCUCAGAAUGUGGAAGGAGUUUUACUCAUAAGGGAAGUCUGCUAAAACACCAGUGCAUCCAUACAGGAGAGAAACUGUUUCACUGCUCAGAAUGUGAGAAAAGUUUCAGAUACCCAAGUAGUUUGAAGAAACAUGAAUGUAGCAGUGGUACAGAUGGCAUGUGAUGUGAUAUGGUAAAUGUAAUGCAAAGUAAGACAGUCAUUGUCUUUAGGAGGGAAAUACCUCCUGUUGUUUCUAAAGAAUAAGAAUAAAAGCAGUAUGAUGCCAAUAUAUUAAUGCAUUCAUCAGAUCUAAGUUUUAACAGUGAAAUGGGUAGUAUUUGAUCACUGUCAUUAUCAUUUUUCAUUAUAAAAAGCUCAAAAUGUCCAUGAUGAUGAUUGUAUUAAGACAAUGUGAAAGCAUCCAUUGUUGACUUGUAUCUUUUUGCACUUUGAUACCAUAUCUGCAGCCUGCCCAUUUGUUGUAAACUGGCUGUAAAUUUAGAAAAUAUAGAAAUAUAACAGAAAUAAUUUAUUAUAAGUUACGUUAUAGUUGUUAUUCACUGGGAAAUUCUGAUUUUGGGCUAGUAUUUUCUUUCCCUGUGUUUGACAUCUCUUUUGUCAACGUAACAAAAUAUAUUUAUAUAUUGCUUGAUGAGUUUCCAGAAUUUGCCUGGAAUCGGAUCAAGACCACCUGGUCUAGGUGCGAUUUCUGUUUUGCACCUGCUGAAACGAACUGCACCAAGACUGCAAACGAACCAGAUUCCCAGUUUAAACAGGCCAAAAAUCACAGGUGUGGAAACAACAUUAAGGCUUCUGCAUGCUUCCACCAAAACGAAGUUUGUGAGCAUUGCAUAAAAUCGAGGGGGCUUUUGACCUUGCAUAGAACAGAAUAUCAGGUAUUGUGAUGAUGUAAAAAAUAACAUUGCAUGUUGAAUGGUAUACUCUAUGCUCUGUUUCUGUUUGGUGCACUCUGAACCCAUUAAUUGCUCAAAUUAAACACGUGUUUAAACUAGCAGGUUACAGCGAUUCAUAGCUGUGAUUUAGCGACAAGCCACCAGCGACACGUUAUCAGAGCAACAAGCGUCAAAUCGAGUUAAAUAUUCUAAGCUGAUUGGUCAAAUAAAAAAGAGACUGUUGUCUGCCAGUGUAAACAGGUAUCUGCACAAAUUGUUCUUACAUACUCAUGUUUGAGUGUACUGCCAAUGAACUGAAUGAUGUUAGUGUAGGAGUGAGUGUGUUUGGGGGAAAGAAUAUGGGUUGGUCCAUCAGUCUGGUUGAUGCUUACCUGUGGACGCACCACCUGGAAUCUUCUCGAACGAGCUAUUCAUACCAUAACUGUUUGGGCUUCCUGGUUAGAACAGGCAUGAGUGAUGUUUCAUCCCUUUAUUGGUGAAGGACUUUUUUAAUUUAUCUGCUGCCUAUGCUGUAAAUAAAGCCAUGUGUCAAACCUUU